GGGACUAACUACCCGACCAUCAAUCUCCGUUUCUCUACACUGGAAAAGAAAAAAAGAAAAAAAUAGUGAGAGGGCACCCCGAGAAGAAGAUAACGAAGUUCAGAAGUAGUGAUUCAGAUAGGAUUUACUUUAGCAAUGUUUCUGCGGGUGAUUGGACGGCCAUUGAUGGCCAAGGUGAAGCAGACAACGGGGAUCGUGGGUCUUGAUGUGGUCCCCAAUGCAAGGGAGGUAUUGAUCAAUCUGUACACCAAAACCCUAAAAGAGAUUCAGGUGGUCCCGGAGGACGAAGGGUACCGUAAGGCGGUAGAGAGCUUCACAAAGCAUAGGCUGAAGGUAUGCCAAGAGGAAGAGGACUGGGAAGUGAUCGAGAAGAAACUAGGUUGCGGCCAGGUCGAGGAGCUCAUCGAGGAGGCUCAGGACGAGCUCAAACUCAUCGAGAAAAUGAUCGAGUGGGAUCCUUGGGGCGUUCCAGAUGACUAUGAAUGUGAAGUUAUAGAAAAUGAUGCACCAGUUCCGAAGCACGUACCUUUGCAUCGACCUGGUCCUCUUCCUCAGGAGUUUUACAAGACGCUUGAGGCUGUCCAAUCCAUAAAUGGCACACCUGCUGUCUCCUCCGGUCAAUCAGAGUUAAAGGCGUAACUCUUGGAGGAAUCUUAAUUUGAAGGGCUUGAGUUUCAGAGUCCAAUCUGUCAUUUUGUUUUUGGUUUAUUGUUUGUGUUUGUUAUAUUGUAAUUCUCGUUUACCAGAUUGAAUAGCCAGAGCCAUUCGAUGAAUAAUCCUGACUUGAGCACAUGUUUUAUCAAAUCUGAUUCUUGCUUCGGUUAAAA